GGACAUCAGUCGACACCAAAGACAGAUUCUGAAGCCAAAUACACACGUCUCAAUUGAAAAGCCGUGCUAAUUGAAACAAGACAUCCGCUACAAUGAAGUUCUUCGCCACCGCUGUCCUUGGCUCCCUCCUUGCCUGCUCUGUGCUUGCCGAGGACGCUGCAAAAAGCAAGGAGAGCAAGAAAGAGGAGAAGAAAGAAGUUGAAGCUCGUGGAGGCAUCCUGGGUGCUGGAGUCGGACUUGGAGGUGUCGGCGGCGGCUACGGUGCUGGGGUGGGCUCCGGUAUCGGAGGCACUGGUCUCGGAGGAGCUGGACUCGGCGGAGUUGGACUGGGCGGCGCCAGUUACGGGGGAGCUGGUCUCGCGGGGCCGGUUCCUGGCGUGAUCGGCAGUGGUCUCGGAGGAGCUGGGCUCGGCGGCGUCGGCCUGACUGGGGCUAGUUAUGGCGGAGUGGGUCUUAACAGAGCUAGUCUUGGCGGAGCCGGUCUUGGAGGCGCUGGUCUUGACGGAGCUGGUCUUGGAGGCGCUGGUCUUGGCGGUGUCGGUCUUAGCGAAGCCGGUCUUGGAGGCGCUGGGCUCGCUGGCCCGGCCCUCGUGGGACCUGGAGUCGCUGGAGCGGGAGCCUUGGGAACCGGAGUCGUAGGCAACUCAGGUCUCGUCGGUACCGGCCUUGGCCGCGGCCUCGGUGGAGGUUUCCAAUCAGCGCAUGGUUCUUCAGCCGGAGGACACCAGGCCGGAUUCCAGGGGGGCGCGUCCGGUCACAACCAGGGAUCUGGAAGUUUCGCCAGUGGCGCUUCUCAGAGCAGGGUGAACGCGUUCAACAACAAGCAGGGCUACAGCCACAGCUCUGGAUUCUCGGCCAGCGACAGCAAGGCGUUUGGAUCUGGCCACAAGCAGGGCUCAUCCGGUUUCAAGAAUGGAGCUGCUGGGCACCAAUCGGGCUUUGGACAAUCCUCGUAUGGAAAGGCAGCGGGAGUCGGCGUUGGUGGUGUGGGCCUGCACGGCUGAAGAACACUGUCAAUUGGUUAAAAACCACCAGUUAGCUUCUAUGAAGUUGUGUCCUUUUUCUUAGUUCUUUGUAGCAGGGAUGGUGCUGUGCCAAGAACAGUAUAGACUCAACACCUCUUGAUAUUAUUCUUCAGUCUGUUCCUUCUCAUGGGGCUUGUCAUAUCGCAUUGAAUAUGUUUUGCGAACAUCAAUUUUCAUAAUGCGUUAGAUCUGUAUAAUUAAAAAA